GAUGCUAGUGGUGAGAGUCGUGGCGAUGCGAAAGUGGUGGCGUUUGGCAACCUUCAGUGUUGGGGGGAGAGGGGAGUGAGCUCUCUGGCCUCACUCACUCCACUUACUAAACACGUAGAAUUUGUUUGUGGGGGAGGGUCAGCAGCUAUGACGGUGGGGAAUGUAGUGUGCAGAUAACAGCUCUAUUACCGCUCUCCAUGCCACUUUCUGGGACCUGGGACACUCUUGAUGCCUGAGGAGACUGUAGGAGAAACUGCGAGGUGAGAAAACGCCCCUGUGACCUCUAAAAUCAUGAAAUAUGACCCAACGCGACUCAUUCAUGGGGGAGGUGAUUUCUUCGAACGGAAUUCCCAGUGACAUGUUUCUCCUGGGAAGCUGCUGGCCUGGAGUGGCUCGUGUGGGGUGCUGUGACUGAUGGGUGUGUGUAGUAUGUGUUCCUCGUUGUGAUGUGUCAUGGGUGUGGCUCUGGGAUAGAGGUUCCUCACUCCGUCUCCAUGAAAAGGAAUCGCCAAGGUAGAAUGGGGCAAAGGUCAUGCUUGUGAGCAGUGAGGAGAGUUACAUCCUAUGGCGUGAAGACUUAGGGAAGCCGCAGAUGGGGGGCCGUGGCGAGAACUCUUCACCCUGGAGCGCACUGCGUCGGGUGGCCCCCCUCAUGAUUCUGGCAUCCUUUAUUGUCUGCCUUGUCCUCUACUAUGUCUCUCCCAUGGGAGCUGCAGCCGUGUAUGCUCCCUCAGCAGCCUCUGAGACAACUGGGCUUGAUUCCGUCACAACAGAAGCUUACCGCAAGCGACUGCGCAUCAGGGGCACUCAGAGGCGGCUGCCCCAGGCGCUCAUCAUUGGCGUGCGGAAGUGUGGCACUCGAGCUCUGUUGGAAAUGCUGAAUCUCCACCCUCAUAUACAGAAAAAUGGAAUGGAGAUGCAUUUCUUUGACGAGGAUGACCGUUAUGCAAAUGGCCUGGAGUGGUACAGGAAAAAGAUGCCAUAUUCAUUUGACAACCAGGUCACCAUAGAGAAGACUCCCUCCUACUUCAUCUCUCGGGAAGCUCCAGCCAGAAUACGGGCCAUGAACGCCACCAUCAAGCUGCUGCUCAUAGUGAGAGAGCCAGCCACCCGGGUGGUGUCCGACUAUACCCAGAUCAUGGAGACCAAGCUGAGGAAAGGCAAGCAGGUGGCACCAUUCCACAAGAGAAUCCUCACAGUGGAUGGAGAAAUUAAUGAUGGGUUUAAAGCAAUACAAAUCAGCCAGUAUGCAGUCCAUGUCCUGCGCUGGUUGAGGGAGUUUCCCCGUGAACAAAUACACAUCAUAAACGGUGAUAACUUAAUAAGAGAUCCUUAUGCGGAGAUUAAUAAGGUGCAGCAGUUCUUAAGGCUUCCCCCAUACAUAACACCAGACAACUUCUACUUCAAUGAGACCAAAGGCUUCUAUUGUAUGCGUAACGAAACAUUCCAGAAAUGUUUAGCGGAUGCCAAGGGUCGUCCCCAUCCCUAUGUGGACCCCGCAGUCAUGUCUCAGCUGCGUAAGUUUUUUGUUCCCUUCAAUGAACAGUUUUAUGAAAUGGUUGGUCAUGACUUUGGGUGGCCCACUUCCUAACACUUCUGUUUCCCGGCGUGCUGGAAGCUUUCCUGGCCCAGGGCUUGGCUGCUGUGACCCAGGCACCUGCUGGCCAUCUCAUAUUUCUUUUUUUAUCCAUAAUUAUAGUACAAUUUUAUGGUGAUACUUUAAUCUUAUUUAUGUCUGUUGCAUAAAAGGUUUUGAGCACAAGAUGUGAAGCAAGUGACAAAGUAAUUGAUUUAUUUUUAAAUGUCCUAAAUAAUAAGAAUAGGCCAGGUUUCAUUACCAAAAAAUAUGCUAUGAAUGUACUAUUGUCAUGCUGAAUGCAUCUAUUAUGAGAGUGCAUAUAUUUUAAAAUGCUGAAUUUGCUCAUUAAUUUAAUGGCUGAAUGUUAGUAUCACAUAACACGGAUUCAGCAAUCUUUAAAAAUGUGUAGAACAUAAUUUUGUAAUGUAAGCAGAGUCCACUGGAAUGAAUUUUCCCACAGCAAGGAAGAACGAGGGAGUCAUGGUCUGGGUGUCCUGUCAGGUACUUUGUUUUAACUUUCAUCAAAACCAAGACCACAAAGCAAAGAUACUUAAUUUCAUUAUAAUUAUAUCCUAGUGAUGGCCAUACAGUAAUCAUUUAUGAAACAUUAUUAUAUUAUAUUAUUGCACAUUAAAAUUGGUUCUGAGUAACACUGCUUUAAUAAAAAUUUAGAGUCCUAUCUUCUGCUUGUGACUGAAGCAGUUUGUAUAGUGAGAGAAGUAAUAAUUAAUGCUGAAACCCUCAAAAAGGACUUGAGUUUCACUGGUGAUCUUUUAAGAUGCAAUGGUUUAGAGCAACCUGUUGAAACUUGAGAAAAUUCAUUGUCAUGGGCUUCUGCUUGACAUUUAGUGCAUUAGGUCCUUGGUUAGUCAGUGUCUCAUGUGCCUCAAGUAUUGCAAGCAAGUGGAUGCAACAAAUCUCUAAACAACAUUAGAAAUGGAACAUUUUUGGAUCACAAUUUCUGCUGCAAUAUUAGUGUCACGAAAACUAAGCAUACAAAAUGCAAUUGGCUUUCGUGCAAUGUCUUGGUGGCUGCUUCUUUAAUUUUCUGAUGGGGCUUGCUCAAAUAUUCUUAUAGAAUUUUGAUCCAAAGUGUUCCCCAGUCACACUGCUUUUCUUAUGGAGUCAUUAAUACCUUCUAGAAUCAUUUUGCCAUUAUUAUAAAUCUCAAAAACAACAACUGAGCAAGGAUUCAUUUGUGCAUAUGCAAAUUUUAUGUGCUGUGUGUGUGUGUGUGUGUGUGUGUGUGUGUGUGUGUGUGUGUGUGUGUGUGUGUGUGUGUGUGUGUGUGGAUGCAUAUGUGCAAAGAUGUGGAAGAAAGUCUGAUGCACUGAGACUUUAAUGGAUGGCUAAGGACUGUUUAGCUUUAAAAUUCUCUCACUCACUAAAUGUCAUGGGUUGUCAAGUUAUUUUUUUCCCUUCACCAUACAUCUCCAGUGCACAGUUUCUCAAAAUAUUUCAUGCUAAGGCCUGGCACUAAAGGCUGAAGUGACAACUGGUACAAAGGCCAUCAAGUUAAGAUAAUCACACUCAGCAUCUCAAGACACAUCAGACAUCAAUACAACAUUAAUUUCCCUGAUGCAGCAGACAGGAGUUUUUGAAUGGGACUUUUAUAAAUAUUUAUAUUUUCAAGCAGGUUAUCUCCUUGAGAUAUACAUUAAUAAAAAUUUACCAUGCAUGGGCAACUAUGCAGAUGAAGCCAAAAAUCCGUAAAAUAGUCAUCCAAAAGUAUGCAUGUGUGAAUGAGAGGAAGAGCAUUUCAGUGCAGGUUCACUUUUAUUUUUAUUUUAUUCCUAAGCUGUAAGCACGCAUAUAAGGGAUUCAACUCUUCUCUUUCCUCUUGAAUUGCACAAUAUACAUAUAACUCUGCACCUCUUCAUGCCUCUACUGUCACUGUGGUGAGCUCUGUGUUCUGCCGCUGCUGCUGCUGCACUGCCAGGCACAGCACCAGCUGGCCAGGACUCAGGCAUUGUUGUUUCUUGUGACUGUUGUUGCCUUUCACACGGGGACAAAAGGUGAUCUUCAACUCACUCAUGCUGGCUCUUGGUAAACUCAAAGUACUUUUUUUGAAAUUUGUGCUCUUUAAAGUUGAAUCUGUUAAUCUAAAUGAUAAGAAAUUGAAAAUUAGUGCAAUCAGUUCAUUAGUGAAAUGUGAAUGAAUGCAAUAAUGACUCAUUUUCUCAUGAACUGAAAUGCUUUACACUAAAAACUAACUCAACACUUAUAAACUCACACUAAAAAUAUUUCUAACUGGAAUUAGAUUUAUUGUAGUCGUAUUUUGUAUACAACCUCAAUGUUUUAGAAUAGCAUUAAGUGACAAUAACUCAAAAA